AUGGUACGACUUCAGUGGCAGACGGGCGAGAUAUUGGCGGGCAGCUUCCCCUCUGUAGUAAUACGCCCCCCUGUCCGUCUGGCUGUCUGGCUGUCUGGCCCAGCAGCGGUACCUUACCCCAGCGUCUUAGGCUCAUCAUCGCCUACCCACCCGCACCACCCACCCACCCACCACACCACACCACCCGGGCACCCACCAGUGGAUGAUGGCUGUCUACUUGCUACUCGGAGACGGAGCAGUCUCUGGACUACUGGAACCGACAGGCGGUCGAGCCCGCGAGCUAAAGGAACCGUCGUCGUCGCAAAGGUGCUGGUUCUCGCAAACAACAACCUCAGAGCCUGUCGGUCAACACCAGCUUUGCGAGAACAGCCAUACUUCGCGGUAACAAUUCCAGACGAGAAGCACGCUCACAGAACGAGCGCAGGACACGGUAAGUUGCUCUCUCUUUUCUCUCCUACCAAGGCGGGCGGCAGGCAAAGAACCUUCUUUUGCGCUUCUCGACUUCGAGCCUCUUCAAUGCGCCGGGCAAAAGUCAGAUUCGCUGGUGCUGCCAUUGGUCUAGCCGCACCGUACCGCUCCGCAAGCCGCACGCACUUCCACCACCACUCCUCAGAGCUACAAAUUACCGCCGCACUACCCACCGUCUGGAUACCCCACGACACACAACCAGCUAUCGUCGUCGCCAGAUCGCAUUGGGGAUCUCUUCUUGCUCUGACAGCAUCCGUAAAGCGAAACUCUUCCACACCCAGCAGCGCUGUGCUGGUCGAGCUCGCCGCUCGUCUCGCGCCUCUCCACAAGCGACCCGGAUGUCACGCUCGCGUUGGAUCUAUGCUAAUCAAUCGUGAUAAUCCAGAUAACCGUUUUAAGCUCCUGAGAGCAAUCAGUCGCACCGCAACCGUUUCCCACAACACAGAACACCUGAUCAACACGUCAGCUUGUCCUACCCGCAAGGAGCAGAUGAUCUUCCAGCGAGCCCUGAACGUCUCUGUGUCCGUCGAGAACCUGCUCGCCGGCGGCCCACCUCAUGAGCAACGAUGGCAGAGUUCAGAAACAUCGAGGCAGUUGCCUCCUCCCGCAGUACAUCCAUAUCCGCACAGCUCACCCUUCUCUCGCCCCCCAGAACCUCCGCAUCAUCUCGACCGUCGACCCCCCGGGCCUGGGGAACACCCGCAAUACGAACAGCAGCAUCAAAGACCUACCUCGGGGCCGUCGCAUGGUUAUCACCAUCCUCCCCCAGGCUUUGGACCACCGCCACAACGAGAGCCUCCAAUGGUGAAGAGGAGUGAUUCAGACGAGCCACCGCAACAUUAUCGACCCCCUUCUACAGGGACGCCGACAGAUAAAAUUCUGCCACCAGGCCUUCAUGAGGGCUCGCGACCACCGUACCCUCCCCUAUACAACCAUCACAGCCAGGAGCAUCCGCCCUAUCGACCGCCACCGGCGUCCUUCCCCCCACCACCAAGUCCAAUGUCCGCGACCGACCCAUACCACCAGCAACAACAUUUUGGUUCCCAACCUCAAACGCCGCGUGAGGUCUUCUCCUCAGUAUCAUACCCUUCAGCAAGCUCAAAUUCUCAGAAUUCGAAAAGACCGAAAGCCCAGCGUGCCGCGCAGGCGUGUGAUAGUUGUCGUCAACUGAAAGGAAAAUGUGACGAAGGCCGGCCUAUUUGCUCUAGUUGUCGAGAGAAGGGAGUUGAGUGCCGCUACCGAGAUCCACCCCCUAAACAACAGGAUAAGGCGACCGGGGAGAUAGUGGACUCUAUCGCAGCUCUGACUAACGCUGUGAUGGCCUUGCGAGAGGAUUUCAUGUCGAUGAAGAGUAGGACGGACGAGCUCUACAAACGACUUCCGGAUCAAAUCGGUGCGCGGUCUCAGCAUGGUUCCACUGAGGAAGAGAUGAAGCAAGAGCCACGAGAACCUGUGGCAAGCUCGUUCGAGAAUCGGUAUCAAAAGCGCUUACCUGAGCAACAAACGCAAUCGCAAAGUUUUCCCUCAGCAACGGAAUCGCCGUACUCAUCGACACCCGUCUAUCCUCAGCGACCAAUAGAAACGGCGGAACCACCAAUGGCAGAAAGCGAAAUCGAGGAGUCUGAAGAAGACGGUGAUCCUGGGCCAGCGAAGCCUCCAUCGAUCCCAGUCAAUCAUACCACGGGAGCCGCACGCUUGCUUUUAGUCCCCGUGAUAGCAGAAAUGUGUCAUGGGAUCAUGAAAAACGUGAAAAUAAAGAAUGAGAAAUACCCCAUGAAUCAGGAAGAGAAGCGGGGCUUGCUUCGGCUGUAUGGUAGAGGAGAGGGACUUGACGCUCCCCCAGGAUACGAUCGCGAUCCUCUAGUUGACCACGGCAACGACAGCAUUUCUGGAGAUACGAAUUCGGAUGUUUCUUCUCCUGCUGGUGAGGAGUGGGGUCAAAUUGGGGGCCUCACCCCUCCUGGUAACCCCCCGCCUGAGUUUACCAGAGGGAAUAUCAACUUUGAAGGAAUGCCCGAUUUCUCCAAGGAAACUGUUGCGAGCCUCGUCCAAAGCUAUAAAGACAACAUUAACAACAUGCAUCCCAUCCUAGUUCACUCGCGGCUGGACGUCCUUGUGGACAACUUUCUGAAGACAACGCCAGAAAGUCAAGCGAAGCCCAAGCAACUUCACGCGGUUGCCGCGGGCUAUGUUCAAAGCCAAGUUUCGGCAGGAUUUGUGAGAAAUCCCGAUAGUCCUGGCAACAAGCGAAAAAGGUCGCCGGCUUUACAAGAACAUCCAGAAUUACCAAAUUAUUAUGAUAUCAAGCCUGGUCACCCUUUCAGAUCCAUCAGCUCUGCGCUGGUGCUUCUGGUAUUGGCGCUGGGUGCAGUUACUCAGCACAAAGAAAAGCUUCCAGAUGUUGUGCCUGAUAAAGAAGUGAACAACUCAUGGACAGCAUCUCCCAUAGUUCGAAAUGGUCAUCCACCAUCGCCAAUGCAGAGCUCUCCGACGAUAUCGACACCACUAGGAGCUCCUUCUCCGCAGGAUCACGACCGUUUGCAGCCUCGAAGUCGGCGGACGUCGAUUGAAGGUGCUUACAGAGGUAUCGCCGGUGCUAAGCAAAAGAAUCUUGAUGUCAUCCCAGGACUCUUUUAUUUCGCUCUUGCCACUGAUAUCAUUGGGAACCAACUUGGGGGAAACAGUCUCCAACACGUUCAUGUCAAUAUUCUCGCCGGCUUAUACCACGGACAAUUAGGUCGAGUCUUGGAGAGUCAUGCGUACAUACACCAGGCUUGCCGUGCUCUUCAGGUCAUUUUACGACCUAAAUUGGAACGAUUUAAGAAGAUUAAAAUGGGCUUAGAUGGCGGCGUUGUUCCUGCGAAAGACAAUCCUCUGAUCAUUGCAUUUUGGACGUGUCUACAGCUUGAAAGUGACAUCGUGGCAGAACUUCCUUGUCCGCAUUCAGGAAUUCUCACUCACGAAGAAGAUAUGCCAAGUCCAAAUUUUACAGCUGCUGCGGAUUUGGGUGGGUUCGAGCCCACCGUUGUAGAGAGUUAUGGUGCUCAGCUAUUUCUCCGCAAGCAUCUGAAUCAGUUGCACAAUAUGUUCUACAAGCCAGAGAAUGAUACCCAAUUCCCGCAGUCUGUUCAUCCCAACAAAGAGCUCAAACGAUUCGCUACCAUCGAAGCGUGCGAGGCAAACCUCAAGAAUAUUCCCAUCUGGGCACCCACCAUGAGUUGGGAUGCAAACGACCCACCUGCGAAUGAUAUCCUUGGAGCAAGAUUGAGAGCCAAGUUUUAUGGAGCCCAGGUCAUCACGUAUCGACACUUCGUUUUGAAAAUUCUUGACUACUCUGCCAGUAAAGAGAAAAACAUCCCAAGCGACACUAUCAACACCGAAUUCGUCGAUGGCAUCUUCGUCCCAAACAUAUCAACAGGUGUAAGUAGUGGAGAAGGUAUAGACCCACAAGUGCUCGAGUAUGCUAGGCUGUGCAUCAAGGCUCUGAUCAGCAGCACUACUGCCUUUCACGGACUGGGUGACAUCGGUAGACAUCGUCCAAUCGUUACCAACAUAUGGGGAACUGCACAUGCACAAUGGGGUAAUUUGCUUGUUCUUCAAGCCGCCUAUAAAGACCCGAUCUUAAAGCAAUUUAUCGACGUCGCGACUUUGAAAGGGCUUCUUGAGAAGACGGUAUCGUUCCUAAAACUCGUUGCAAAGCCUAGCUCCGCUCUUUAUACAGAUCUGCGCAUUCUACAGCACACUGGCGCCGAGCUGGGACUGCUACCUUCAGAGAGGCCAAACGUGUAUUCGAGCUUCUCAAGUACGGCGACGGGGGAGACUCCAGUGAGCACACACUAA